AUGUUCUUGACCUUUUCCACUUGUUUCCAGUCUCUUAAUUCGAUGAGAAGUAAAUUUUCUCAAAUCUUAGGUGAAUGGCAAUGGGCGUGUCGGAGCGGUGAGUGCAUCGCUCGAUACGAUACCUGCGACGGAAUACCGCAGUGCUCAGACGGAUCGGAUGAGUGGAAUUGUGAACGAUGGAGGUAA